AUGGCUUCCGAAGUGGAAAAGGCUCAGGAAGCUUCUCCAUCUGAAGGUGAUACGGUCUUCGGAAGGAUUGUUCGAAAGGAAAUACGUUGUAAGCUUCUCUAUGAGGAUGAUCUCUGUGUUGCCUUCAACGAUAACUACCCCCAGGCACCGACCCACUUCUUAGUUGUCCCCAAGAAACCGAUUACGUGUCUCGAUGCAGCCACUGAAACCGACGAGACACUUCUUGGCCACUUACUUCUGGUGGCGAAAAAAGUUGCUGCAACCAGGAAUUUAUCAAGGGGAUACCGAGUUGUAAUUAACAACGGUCCUGAAGGCUGUCAGUCCAUCUACCACUUGCAUGUUCAUGUUCUUGGUGGAAAGCAACUCGGCUGGCCUCCCUGCUAA